CUCCUCCCCGGAUGCCCCAGAAUCCCUAAAACACAGUCAUCGCCACACAUUCAGUUUUUUCGGGUUGUUCAUGGUGCGGAUCUGUGAGAGGAGGAUGAAGUUUUUGGUGGCAGUCACAUUGAUCGUCGGCUCGGUGAUUUUCCUGCUUUUCCCGAGCGGGUCAGAGGCGGAUGAGAAGAAAAAAGGACCGAAAGUCACGGCCAAGGUGUACUUUGACAUGAGGAUCGGGGAUGAGGAUGCAGGGCGGAUUGUCAUUGGACUCUUUGGAAAGACUGUCCCUAAAACGACAGAAAAUUUCCUCCAGCUGGCUACUGGAGAGAAAGGAUUUGGUUACAAGGGCAGCAAGUUCCACCGUGUGAUCAAAGACUUCAUGAUCCAGGGAGGAGAUUUCACUAGAGGAGAUGGAACUGGAGGUAAGAGCAUCUAUGGAGACCGUUUCCCUGAUGAGAACUUCAAACUGAAGCAUUACGGUCCUGGUUGGCUCAGCAUGGCCAAUGCCGGCAAAGACACCAACGGCUCCCAGUUCUUCAUCACCACGGUACAGACGCCAUGGCUUGACGGCAAACACGUUGUGUUUGGCAAAAUCUUGGAGGGCAUGGAUGUGGUGAGAAAGAUUGAGAGCACAAAGACAGAUGGGCGAGAUAAACCUCUCAAGGACGUCAUGAUCCAUGACAGCGGCAAGAUCGAGGUGGAAAAGCCUUUCGCGGUAGCUAAAGAGUAAUUUAAGUUUGGGGGAACAACAGGACACUGGGUUUAAGGGGAUUGAAUUGGGAGCCACUAGAGUUCUAGUGGGAAGAGUGUGUGUAUGUGCUCAUUGGAGCUCCGCCCCCACACGGGACGGUCACACACCAGUCCUGAUCCGCAGAGCGGCACAUCCUGGGUCUAGUUCAAACCGGCAUUCCACAGGGUCAGAUUCCUGACCCACUUCAACCUGUUUUUGUAAACAAAACUUCAAUAAAGGAUCCAGGUUUUUCUUAA